AUGUCAACCGCAAACGGUACACUCGACGUGAUCGACGUCAACAAAUUCGGUCAAUUCACUUUCGACAAAAUCGAUUAUUUCGUUUUCACAACGAUGUUAAGCGCCUCGCUGCUAAUUGGCAUUUAUUUCGCUUUUUUCGGUCAUGGCGCGGAUAAUACGGAAGAAUAUUUACUCGGCGGUAAACGCAUGAAAACGAUACCGAUCGCCAUUUCGCUGAUUGCGAGUCAAUUGUCGGCGAUUUCAAUUAUGACAAUCCCCGCUGAGAUGUAUUCGUUUGGUAUGAACUGGUGGUUCAAUGUCGUCACAAUGAUAUUAAUUGUACCGUUACUUUGCUGGGUCAUUAUACCUGUGUUCUACAAUAAUAAUCUUUCGAAUUGUUAUGAGUUAUCUACCAUGGUGGAAUUAUAUCUGGUGGAGUAA